GGCACCGUCCAGCGUCAGUUCAUUCGGUGGCAGUUCAUUCGUGGCAGCCGUCCCGAGUACGGCCGCGUGCUGCAAAACACACAAAACCUCGUCACAGGAAACGGUUGACUUUCCAACCUUUCGACGGAACGGUUGGAGCUAUUCCAAUCCCGUCCAGCGCUCCCGUACGGCGCUUGAUUAAGAGAUCAAAAAGAUCACAGCGAACGGCGUGCGGCGGACACACUUUUUUCUAGCCUCUAGCGUGACGACGACGAUGGCGCGACUCGCAAAGCAACCAACGGCAUUCCGCUGCAGAACGAUCGUUUUUCAACCAAAAUUGACAUGUUCGAGCAGCUUGCUAUUGUUGUGCUGCUGGCUGGCGCUACUCCCUUCCCCGGAGGCACACACCAUCAUUGAGCGACCUUCGCGUCCAUCACCGGAGGAUUAUCGGUACCAGCGCGCCCUGCUAGCCUCCGAGGAAGCCGACCUUGCAUUCGGUGCCGACAUCCCACUCGCCGGUAACGAGAUCCUCGUGAACAAUCACCUGAUGGACCUGAAGCGCCAAGAGCUCGAGAAGGGCUACACCAAUCCGUUCAACUUUUCACCCGCACGCCACUUCUUCGAAGUGCUGGACCAGAUUAACGCAUCGCCACUGUUUCGGUUCGUGCGCGAGCUACCGAAGGGAGCGGUGCUGCAUGCACACGAUACCGCCCUGGCCAGUACGGAAGUGAUCGUGAAAGCCACCUAUCAACCACACCUGUGGCAGCGUGGCUGUUUCGAGCACGGCCGGCAGCCCGAAUUUCUUUUCUCCCGCACGAAACCUACAGCGCCCCAGCGAGGAAAUAAGCAUAACGAUGAUGAUGAUGAUGACUGGGAGCUGGUGCAAACCGUCCGAGAAAGGAUGGGCCCGGCCAGGUACGAUGAGCACGUCCGGCAGCUAUUCUCACUGUACACGCCGGACCCGCAGACCGCGUACCACAGCAUCAACGAUGUGUGGGAUCGGUUUAGUCAGAUCUUUCUGGCGUUCAAUCCCAUCGUUACGUACCGGCCCGUGUGGGAGUUUUACUUCCGGGAGGCGCUGCGGGAGUUCCACGAGGACAAUGUGCUGUAUCUGGAGUUUCGCGGACUACUUCCUACGCUGUACGACCUGGACGGCAAGACUUACGGGCCGGAGGAGGUGGUACAAAUCUAUCGCACAAUCACAGAGGAGUUCAAAGCCACCCAUCCACGGUUUGCCGGUACGAAGUUCAUCUACGCGCCGUUGCGACUGGUCGACAACCAGACGAUGGAUCAAUACCUGAGCCUUGCCGAACGGUUACACCGCCUGCACGAUGACUACGUGGUAGCGUUCGACCUUGUCGGCCAGGAGGACCUGGGCCGCCAGCUGCUGGAUUUUGUGCCCCAACUGCUCGAGCUGCCCGCGUCCAUCAACUUUGUGUUCCAUGCGGGCGAAACCAACUGGAACGGCAUGCCAUCGGAUGGCAAUUUGUUCGAUGCCAUCAUGCUCGGCACGAAACGCAUCGGGCAUGGCUACUCGCUGCUCAAGCAUCCGCUGCUGCUGGAAAAGGUUCGGCAGCGCAACAUUUGCGUCGAAAUCAAUCCCGUCUCGAAUCAGGUGCUCCGGCUGGUAGCCGACCAUCGGAAUCACCCGGCCAGCGUACUGUUUGCGUCCGACUUUCCGCUGGUCGUGUCGUCCGAUGAUCCGUCCUUCUGGCGCGCUGCACCACUGAGUCACGACUUUUACAUGGCGUUUCUCGGCAUGACGACGGUCGGGCAGGAUUUGCGCGUGUUUAAAAAGCUGGCCCUCAACUCCAUACGCUACAGCUUAAUGAGCGAUCGGGAGAAGGAGGUGGCGCUCGGGAAAUUCCAACUGGCCUGGGAUGGUUUCAUCGAUCGGAAGGCGGAGCAGCUGAGGGCGAGCAGUAGGAAUGAGGUGUAACUUUGAACAGGAGAAAUAUAGCACGGUUCUGGUACAAAA